AUGUGGCUUAUAGACUUAGCAUCUCAGAUUUCUGACAGUGCACAACUAGAUGGCUAUGAAUUAUCCGAGAAACAAUUCCCUCCCCGACCUUCUUGGCCUUCUUAUAUCACCUUCAGCAAGCUCGAUGCCUUUAAGGAUGUGCCUGAGCGCCUCCAGCAUAAGUAUGAUGUGAUCCGUCUACGAUUCUGGUACUGCGUCGUGAGAGACAAUGACCCAAGUCAGCUCAUCCGUCACGCGACAAGUCUCCUGAGAUUUGGAAAUCUUACACAACGAGCUCGGAAAGAUGCCUAUUAG